GAAACACUUCUCCAUUUCCUAAAUCCCCUCCCGCACAGCCUUUAGCUCUAACCUACCGUCUGUUUGAUCGACCUAAAGGCUUCGAGACGCUCUUCUCCUCUCUAUUCAACCUUUCCUGGUUCAUUUUUGGACUCCCCCUUCCCUUCAGUCCCCGCUUUUUCGCCGCCACUUUCAUUAUCUCCUCGUCAAAUCCCAGGCGCCAGAUUUAGCGAGCCCAAAGUUGACAGGCGAAGCUAACUCCAAACUAGCCCGGAUUUGAGUCACUUCACCGGGGCGUCAUCUCGUCUACCCGCCGGCGGCCGCUUGUGGAGAACUCCCCGUGAAGCUGACGAGUAUCUGCGGUGGGUUUUAUCGCUGGUAAGCCGGUUGUUUCCUAGCAGGCGUGCUCGAUUUAGCCUGCUAGCUAAUACCCCGCGUAUUUAGCCAACACAAGGCCUCAGUCCAGCCCCAAAAGCAUCUGCCACUGAGACUAUUUGCAUCGACGCGCAGUGAUAGUUGACAGCUUACCUGGUGACACUGCGACUUCUCCCUGAGGAGCCAAGAAGCAGACGGCUCAUGACUUCUGACCAGGACACGAAAGUAGUCGCUGAACCCCAGGUGCAGCACGUGCAAGAGGCAAAAGAGAACGCUCAUUUGGAAUCCGCCAAGGUUUCAGACCUCAACCCCAAUGCCAAAGCAUGGGCCAACCACAUGUUUAGCCUGGAGCCCAGUGGCAGCGCAGACAACACACAGCCAUGGAAGGACGGCUGCGAGAGCCCAGCCGACACCGGACCAGAGGGGUAUGAAACCAUUGAGGAGAAGGCCUAUAAGGAGCCCCUGGUGACAGAGCCAGAUGAGCCUCCUCCAGCCCCAGUGAUGCUGGAGGACCCUGCUUCUGUCCACUCCUCCUCCUCCUCCGAAGCCUACACAGAAUUCAGUGACCCCGGGCAGACAGUGCACACAGGCAGUGACACACAGCCCGAGUCUCCUCAGGAUGGACUGAGGGAGCACCUGAAGAAGACACUGGAGUUCUGUCUCUCCCGGGAGAAUCUGGCCAGUGACAUGUACCUGAUCUCACAGAUGGACAGUGACCAGUACGUGCCAAUCAUGACUGUGGCCAACCUGGACCACGUCAAGAAGCUCAGCACCGACGUGGAGCUCAUCGUCGACAUUCUACGCUCUUUGCCACUGGUCCAGGUGGAUGAGAAGGGGGAGAGGGUGCGGCCCAAUCAGAACCGCUGCAUCGUCAUCCUCAGAGAAGUCCCAGAGAGCACACCUAUAGAAGAGGUUGAGGCUCUGUUCAAAGGGGAUAAUCUACCGAAGUUCAUCAACUGUGAAUUUGCCUACAAUGACAACUGGUUCAUCACAUUUGAAUCAGAAGCAGAUGCACAGCAGGCAUAUCAGUAUCUCCGCGAGGAGGUCAAGACCUUCCAGGGAAAGCCUAUAAAGGCGAGGAUAAAGGCGAAGGCAAUCGCUAUCAAUACUUUCAUGCCAAAGAACGGUUACCGGCCAGUGGAGGUGAACCCGUACGCCCAGCGCCCGUACACGUCCUACUACAUCCCCCCAAUGUACAGCCCCCAGCAGCAGUUCCCCCUGUACAGCCUCAUCACACCCCCCACCUGGUCCACCACACACAGCUUCAUCGACCCAGCGCUGGUUGCACCUUUUCACAACAACCAGUUCCUAAACGGCUUCAACGGUUUCAAACCAGCCACAACUCCACUCACUGUCCGACACUACUCCCCCAGAAACAGGAAUCCCAGUAAAUCCCACUUGCGACCGGCCGUGCCCACAGCGGACCGUAGCCCUGGACUUCUGGACAGCCCGGGCCUGUUCCCCAGCUUCCCCACCGAGAGGCUGAACGGGGUCCGGAGCAGCCCUCCCACGCGCCUCCCCAACGCCCAGAGCAGGAGCCGGCCCCCCUCCACCACCCCCUUCCCCCGCAGGGACACCGUGGGCACGGGGCGGGUGUCCGAGCCAACCACCAACGACUUCGGAAGAGGAAGGAAAAAGAGGGACGAGAAGUUUACAAGAGUGACUCCCCCGUCACCACCUCCCAAACCCCCGUCUCCGAGGCUGGAGUUGGGCUUGUCCAGUUUCCCUCCUCUCCCUGGAGCAGCCGGUCAGCUCAAAACUGAAGACGUGUUUGAAAGCCGCCUGGCCAGUAGCGUUGUCAUCGGCAACACCAAGGAAAGGAAUGUAAACGCAGACUUGAGCUCUGGAGCCAUUUCUCCUUCGGGCCCCAAAGAGUCACAGCCAUCGUCCACUUCCCCCAAACCUAGCAGCCUCCAGCCAUCGACCGUCACCACGACAACCACACCGACUCCCAUCGCCACAGGAACGCCGCUCACCCCCGCCCCUGUCACCUCCACAGUCGAGGUGAAGGUGGCCGAGGUGAAGGAGACGCCUUUAGUGGAGCGAGUUCUUGGGACACCGUCUACUGCCAGUAAAUCUGUGCAGGUCAAUGGAGCUGCCACAGAGUUGCGGAAGCCAUCAUACGCCGAGAUCUGUCAGAGAAUCAAAGACUCGGCGUCCUCCUCGUCACAGGCAUCUUGUAAGGAGCCCAAACCCAGUGCUGAGGACCGGAAGUGCCCUGAGCCCCCCCAUCCCCCAGCAGGAGGUGACGCCCCCCUCACCACCUCCGCCGGCGCCAACAAGCCCCCCAGAGAAAGCCCCCAGCCCUUACCAGGACGAACGCCGCGGGACGCUCCCCGCCGACGAUGGGUCUCACCUCCUCCACUUCCAGGGAAAAGCAACAUCAAAGACCCCCACCACACACUGCCCAAGUCCCCCCAAUAAAGCCCCCUGCACCACCCUCCCACCCCAAACACGUCAGGGCUGUCUAUCCCAGAAUCAGCAUCAAAAAUCCAUCAGAGGAGGCGCCUUCUUCUGAUCAGGGCUCGCAGACAAAAGCACUUUACUGUGCACGUACAGCACCAUUUCAUUUGUUUUAGUCUAAUUUAUUUUAAUUUUAUUUCCUUUUUUGUUCAUUUAAUUUGGUGUCGAGUUUCGACAAGAAACAAUUGGGUGUUACAGGCCUUGUGGGAGUGGCAGCGAUGGCAUUGUCGUGCAGCUUUAUGUAGCUAAUAUUAUCAGAACAUAUAACAUCUCAUCCUCCCAUUCGUACGUUUACAAUAUGAUUGUGAAUCAUUUUUUAUUAUUUUUUAUUAGCUGUUUCCUCCAAGUUUGAGCUUGCCUAAUCCUGCUGUGGUUUUUAUUGGUUGCUAACUACUGCUUUCUGCAUUGCACGACAGUAAAGAAAAAGGGGCAUUCAAAUCUGAAACCAAAACCUUUAAAACACCUGAUUUUUCAACCUACUGGCUUAGAAUUUUUUAAAUAUUUGCAAAUAAGUCCUUUCAAAAUGGUGGAACAAAUACACUGACACACAGCUGUCAAAUCCAUGAGGUUAAUUCUGUGUACAAGACUAGGGUAGAUUUGGUGAAGUUGACUGCUGCCCUUUGGCUCCGUUUGAAUAAGUGCAAAGCUCUGGCAUGUUUCGAGUUUGGUGUUUCAGAAAUGAUUCUGUAGUUUUAUUAGAGCUCUAUCUGCAAAGCAAAAUGACAACCUGUAUUUGAAAAAGGGACGUUUGGAGGUCCCAUCUGCUGUAAUGACGCCUUUUAGUGGAGUUUUCUGAGAGGUUUUAGGUUUGAAGUUGUAAAGUGUGGGUUUUUUGAAAGUUGAAGUGAUUGGAUUUAGUUGGAGCCUUGUUGAGUAAGGGUUUGAGUGACGUUGAACAAGUUGAUGGGUAAAUGCAACAGAAAAACUUGAGUUAAAUGCAAGACUUCUUCAUAGUCUCUUUCUUGAGUCUGUACCACUAUUAAGUCAUUGUCCACAUACUUCCCUGCGUCUGUCCUCCUUUAAUGAGCAAAACGGGACGAGAUUAACUGAAGCACAUCGAGGCACCAACACUUUUGUUUAAAAUAGUCCAGUCUAAUGGUCCAUCCAAUCCACUUUAUUUAUAUAGCACAUUUCAUAAACCGUUUCCAAAGUGUUGCACAGAUACACAGUAACAACUACAACUAUCAUAAUAAAAAUAAACAAAGCUUAGAUUAAUCGUAUGAAUCUUAAAACAAUAAAACCAGUAAAAUCAGGUAAAAGCAACCUGAGGGCCUAACUUGAGUAUCGGUCUGUAGCAGCCACUCGGACAGAAAACAAGUUGAAGUCUUGCUUGGAGAAAGAAGUCCUCCUAAAAACGAUAUAAUAAAACAAUAUUUAUAAACCCAAAUAUUACCGACAUAUUGAAAUUCUUCUUACCGUUUUCUUACCAACACAUUUUGCAUUCAUGAUCUGAAAUUGAUUUAGAGUAAAAACAAAGAGCUUUAACAAGAGCUAAUGGUUGAUUCAGUGUUUUUUUAAUUAGGAGUGAUCCAGCCAUGAUAAGUAUGGAGUAAGUACAGUCUGAACAGUGUAUAUAAACCCACAGUGGACACAGUCGGACAAUAAUCACACACAACCUGAAAAUAUGACUUCAUUUCGGAAAAAAACUUAAAGAUGGUCCUUGGAAUGCGUUGUAGGAAUGUCCAGAGAUUCCUCCUGAGACUGACCCUAUAUGUACAGUAGCAGAAUAGAUUGUAGUGGACAUCUACAGUCAAAAAUGUUCCCAUAUAGUCUAAAAAAAGAACUUGGGCUGGACACUGGGAUAAGAAAAUCUCACUUUGUUGCUCUAUACAUAACAUAAAAACUAACUACACUGUUCAACACUGCUAAAAUAUGAAAUACAGGCAUUCAAACUCCACAAAUGAUAUGAAAGAAAGUUGUUAAUAUAGAAAUUAUCUGAACCAAAUCUAUCAGAUCACCCACACACCCUCUAGUGUCUCCCAUAGAAGCGCCCCGUUGUCUACGUGACCAACGGGACCGGGCCCAUUCCACCCCUGGGUCUUUGUGUGCUUGGGUUAAUCUUGCUCCACCUGAGAUGCAAACCUCCAUUUUGUCACAAACCACAGCCGUGUUCAUUUUCAAAAGCCUUGUGGGACCUCGUAUGUCCCGCCAAAGUCUUCCUGAAUCUACAAACAAAGCAUAUUCUGAGUAAUUCUAUAAAGGGAGCAUUCUGGGUAAUCCAAUAAAGGACGCCAAUGUGCUCAAGGUAAAUGAUAAAUGACAAACUCCUGCUCAUAGCGUUUCAUUUGGAGGCAUAUUUUCGUUUGAAGGACUGAAAUGCACUUGGAUGGCUCCAUUAGCGAUUUCAUUUUUUCUCAUUGGUGGAAAUGGUAAAAGAGGCAAACCAUAUCCGCUUAUAUUUAUAAACCAAUGCUGUUUGUUCCAUGAGAAAUAUUUUGUUUUGAGAAAAUACAUAGAGAUGCCGCUCUAUAUAUUUACGCUAAAUGUAAAGAAAUGUCCAUCCAGUGUUUGAGAAACUUGAAUUUUAUUUAAACUUGAAAAAUGACUUUGCCUUAACUUUUUAUACAAGACAAGCAUAGAGUUUAUUUCUUUUGAGAAACCCCCUUGAGUGUGGAGAGUACCCCCAGAGUUCAAAUCUAGACGCAUUUUCGUUUCUUUCCCUUGAUUUUUGUACAAAAAAGUUGAAUUAUUUAGUUUUUGUUUGCGGGAAAGAAUAUUGUAAAUGCAAAACUAGUCAAUACUGUAUUAAAUCUGUGCACUUUGAAGUGUGUGCUUUGCCUGUACAGUUGUAAAUAAUCAGAAAAUAUAAGGGGUACCUUAAAAUGAUUAUAAAAAUAUAUUGAUCUUGUUGAAUUAUUAAUGUUGAGCUGGAUGUAGUAUAUAAAAAAAACUUAUUGUUGUGCUUUCGGAGAUAUUUUCUUCAAGGUUUUUGUUCAUUUUGUUUGCGAAUGUUUGAAUUCUGAUUGUAUGUUGUUUUUUUUUCUGUCUCAUUCCAUGGUUUGUACCUGUCCAGGUGUGAACAGGUGUGACUUAAGCCCUGCCCCCUGCUGCCUUUAGUUCAGUUUGUGGUACUGACAAAGUGCCCACAGAUGUCUUGCGUUUUCAGGCAAACCCAGCGAUGUGACGAUGGCGAUGGGCGAAUUUUAAGAAACUGAAAAAAUAUUCCUGUAAAUACUGACAUAGAUGGCUAUAUGUACCGAUGUUUAACUUUUUCACCUAAAAACACAUUUUUAAAAUCACAUAAUCGCUUGAUUAAAAAAAACUACAAAUGCCCAAGACAUUUCUGAGUAAAUAUUUGUACAUGUAGUCACGUUUUAAGACUGGAAUAAACACGGUGGCCAAAGAAGUGAAAAACUCAGAUCCUUUUCAUGAUAAGAGUAGCCGCUAAAUUUCACCUUUACCCAAUUUAAAAAGUGCAUCAGUGAAUUAAGUAUUUUUUUAAAUUUAGAAACAAAAAUGGAUGGAUUUUAAAAGUAAAUCUCAUGCUGUGGAGGUGCUUCAUACUUAAUAAGCCAUGUGUGGUACAGGUACUGCAAUAACAAAGACGACUUUAUUAUGUUUGACAGAAACAUAGAAGUAGCUUUAAUAUCGGACGAUCUCUUUUCAAAACUAAACCAAAAUACUUCCUUCCACUUCCUCCACAGUUCUCUCAGUCUUAUCACAUUGAACCCUAAGCACCCCAUAGUAACAUUGAACUUCCCUGACAUAUUAGCUUAAUGUUAAUACACCACCUGUUUGUAAAAUGAGCACACAAUUCACAUUCUGACCUCCGUUGUUUAUUCCAGUUGUGACAAUGUAUAAAAGCAUUUGAAGUUUGAAGUAGUGGGGUUGUCAAAAGUAUUAAAAAUGACAUACUAAUCGAUACGGAAACUAAUAUCAAGACUAGAUACCGCAAAAAAAUCACAUUAACACUACAAAAUUUGAGCUUUCCUGCACAGUUUUAGUGUAAUUUUGAGCUUCAUCCGAACAAAUGUAAAACCUAAUGUUAAGAUGAAGAAAGUACUAUUAUUUUGUAUAUAAAAAUUACAUUCUGGCAGCAUUGUGGCAUCAUAAUCGAGUUUGAAAUUGUAGUAUCGUGACAACACUCAUUCGCUGAAGCCGUACGUCCUGGGUGGUGUCGUGGUCUGUAAAGCGGUGAUGUCUGGUGGGCACUAGUUCUCUGGUGCUUAGCAAAAAAUCUGAUGCGUUUUCUGUCUGCAGUUCAUCAUGUGACCAAAACAAGUGAAGCCAUUUUUGCAAGGCCUGAAUAUUUAAAUGAACGUGAAACAGCAUCGACACAGCUCAUGACUUGUGCAGCCUACGCAGUUUAGCAAAAGGCAGUUUUAGUUUGGGUUUAAAGGUUCUAUAUUACACAAAAUGCGUGAGCGUGAGCUUUAAGUCACGUUCUAAUGCUGUUAACUCAUCAAAAAACAGACCUGGAGUUGUGUUUUGCUUCAUUUCACACGUUUGAGUAACACUUUAUCAGUCUGGCUACAUAUUCACAGCUCAAAAUGUCCUUUUCCACCUUGUGAUGUCAUCAUGUGGCAGUUUUCAAGUCAACAUCUACGUUUUACCUUUAGUUUCAACAGAAAUCGGCAAUUCCUUGGUUUAAAUCAUGCAACUUAUUCUCGUAAAAAGAAAUAAAUAUGCAGCGUUUGUGCGUUAAACAUGUGCGAAUGAAACAAAACACAACUCCAAGUCUGUUUGUGAUGAGGAAACAUAAAAAUGAUUGGACAAUAGCGUAAUAUAGGCUCUUACUUGUUGGUUAGGCGAUGAAAUAGAAAGAUGUUUAGGGUGUAAAUUGAGCUGUUUGAUUUUUGUGGCCUGGAUUUUGUCUUUAAAACUCAUUUUGGAGAGAUUUUCCCAGUACCAAAAUCUAUGCACGCAACGACUUGUUGGCGAGGUUGGCAGAAGGCCGAUUCAUAUUGAUUGCAUGAUGAAUCUAAAACUAUAAAAAGCACAUAAAAAACACAGAAAACGCAUUAGAUCUACUGCAUUUUUGUGAAAAGAUGGGAAUUGGAUUUUUGAGCAAAUUUUAAAUGGGCUACAUUUAAACUAAUUCCUGUCGCACGAAACUAUUCAAAUUAGCCAAAAAUAUAGCGCUGCUCAUCUCCCGUUUUGGGUUGUUCAUCUGUUCCCUUUUUGAUGUCUGUCAGCUUUUACAAGAAAUCAAUGUACAAAUGUUUAUUUUGGGGGCUUUUAUUUUUGUUUAUUUUUUCUGAUAAUGGAAGGGAGAACGGAGCCCGGGAAGGUAGCGGCUCUUACGGAGAUUUGUGGCACAUAUCGCUAACCUAGCUAACAUCACACGGACACACUUCAAAAUCUACCAAAAACUGUGCCAUUUCUGUCAUCUUUUACACUCACUGCAAUGGAGGAGCUUGAAAUGAAACUUUGAAAUGAGACAUGCUAGCGUCGUUUUGCACUAUCUGAGACCUGAUUGGACGAGCCACACGGAUAUACAAAACUGCAUGGGUGGGGACUUCCUGCCGUUUUCUAACUGUCCAACGUGGAUGUCGAACUGUCACAGGUUCUCGCAGUUUGCCGCCAAAAUGAACGCUAACUUUCUGAAUGGACUUCUCGGGAAGCCUCGAUCUCUGCUUGCGGUUUUGACAGUGCCAUUUUGAAGUUCCUUGUGUAAAAAUGGACCGCUGCUUUUUUGAUCUUUUUGUUUUGUUUUUUUUAAACGAUACUACCGAAUGCAACAGACUGGACUCCUAAUCAACUCACUGUGGUUCUAACACUCACUAACAGCUGUGGACAAUCGAAAACUCCGGCUGCGUGUAGUUUGCUAACUUUGGACCAUUUAGCCGGCACGACGACACGCGGAGAUUUGUGUUCAAAGAGGGCUUCUUGGACUACUGUUUGUGUUUUGGUUACGUUUUCUUUGGUUUACUUUCGGGGCUAUUCUUCCAUGGAGACUGGAAUCAAGCGCUCAUGUCGGCUCUAGAUCAUUUAAGUUACUCUUGUGUCAUGAUGUAAAACUGUCUAAUUUGGAGAAAAAUGUAGCUUACUGAAAAAUAAAGAUUUAGGCACUGAUGAGAAA